GAAAUCAUAUGUUGCUGAAAAAAAAAAAAAACGAGUUUCUUUUCUCUAAUGAAGUAACCGAUUUUUACAUGACAACAAUUGGAGUACAAUCCCAACUGCACUGUGUCCCACACUUAAAUCACAAAAUCUCAUUUGUGUGGCAUCGAGCUAUUCCACAUGACCCCCAAAUUUCACACCUCCCACUUUCAUCUACUCUCCCCGUCAAACCCCGCCAUGCGCUUCCGCUCACCAUGGCCUUCUCAGCCGUCGCUCCUCCCGUCGUCCCGCCGCCCCACCACCGCCUCCGGCUUCCCCUGAACCGCCGCUCCCUCCUCUUCCUCUCCUCGUCCUUCCCCCUCACCGGACCCCUCAUUUCCUCCUCCGCUGCUGGCGCCGCCGUCCCUCCCCAGCCGGACACCACCGUCACGGACAGGGUUUUCCUCGACUUCAGCUUCUGCCCGUCCUACUUCCUCAGUCGCACCCUCGGCGAGAACGACCUCACCCUCUGCCCCGACGCGGAACCCCUCGGCCGCCUCGUCCUCGGACUCUACGGCAACCUCGUACCCAUCACCGUCUCCAACUUCAAGGCCAUGUGCAGCGGCGCCUCGGGUUCCACCUACAAGGGCACUCUGGUCCAGAAAAUAUUUCCCGGCCAGUUCUUUGUAGCGGGCCGGCAGGGCCGCCGGGACAAGGGCGAGGUCAGGCCACCGGCGGAGCUGGUCAGGAACACCGAAACUGUCGAUUCGAGGGCAUUUCUACUGGAGCACUCGAGAGCCGGCGUAGUCUCGCUGUGCCUUUCGGAGAAUGAUGACGACGAUGAUUUGAAGCUCAGCCCUAAUUAUCAUAACGUGGAGUUUUUGAUUACGACCGGGCCUGGCCCGUGCCCGCAGCUUGAUAGCAAGAAUAUCGUAUUUGGAUCCGUGCUUGAAGAACUUUACAAAGAAGUUCACCUUACUCUGACUAAGUCGCAGAUUCUUUUGGACUUGAACAGGUUGGAUGUGGUAACUACUAUAGCUUCCAUCCCUACAUUCAAACCGGGGGAACAAGUUCGGCAAUAUAAUGAUUUUGCAGAGUUUAUUGGGGACGGGAGAGCCAAAUCAGCACGUGCAAUCUGGAACAAACCUCUUAAAACUCUGUAUAUAAGUGAUUGUGGAGUACUCAAAGUCGCUAAACCUACCCUUACCCCAACUCUGCCAUGAAACUGCCGCAUUAUUACCUCCUUUCUCAUUUGUGUUGUUCUGCAUAUAUAAUGUACUCCAGCUCAUCACUACUCGAAUGAGCAAAUUGCAAACUUUCUGGUGUCCAUUAGCCAAGAGUUAGUAUUAAUGUACACGAAUACACAUUUGGCCUACCUAUUCUUUUGGAUACAAUGAGAGAAAUCACUAGUAAUUUUGGCUGGAUUGUUUGUUGGAUUCUUUACUAUUUCUGUCUUUCUUAAUGAAUGAAAAAAGCGAUAUAGAGUCUGACGUUUCUUAAAUACAGUGAUCUGUGAGGCGGCUUGUAUAUGUAGUAAACAUACUUGCCCAGUGUUUGGGAUCCUCUUAGUUUUCGUUUUAUCCGCUGUAGCUACACUCAUUCUGAACAGGAAGCGAAAUGUUUUCAAAUGAAAUAGUUAGAAACUUUGUUUGUUUGUGUACCUAUAAUGAAAGUUCUGUGUAUGCAUGUUUGUACCUCUCAUAAGCAUGAUGGAAG